CCUCGGUGGACCGACCUGCUGGAGGCCGACGUCAGGGGGCGCCCAGGAGCCGGGGCGACCCGGGCUCCCUCCUCCCUGAGCCCGCCCGGAGGCCGGGGCUCGGAGGAUGCGGCAGGGAGCAGCUCUGGCUGCACGCAGAAGAGCAGCACCUACGUGGGCGCUCCUGCCUCCACCGGUUUCAGAAAGCCUCCCCUGACGAAUUGAGAAAAUGCAGAAGAUCUUGCAGGCAGAUGAAGUUACCGAUAACCACGUCCUUAGAAAAAGAAAGAGGAAACGGACGGAGACCGCCAACUCAGAAAAUGCAAAUAGUGUGGUGGAUAAAGUACAGAGAGACCCGUAUUCGGGAAAUGCCUUCCUGCCUGGUGAGAGCUCCAGUGAGGAUGAGACGCCCUUGGCAGAACUGUCCAAAGAGGAACUCUGUACCAAAAUCAAAAACCUGAAAGCAAAGCUAACGAACACCCGGAAGGAGAACAGCCGGCUCAGACAGUCUCUGGUCACGCUACAAGUGUCCCUUUCUGUUGCCAUUUCAGUGUUACCUCAGGCAGUCACCCAGUUUGAAGAGCUGGUUGGAAUGGCAGAGGCCCUGCUUAAGGGUGGAGGGGCCUCAUCCACACCUGCGUCCACUCUCUGGCGAGCAACAAACAACUCCUCCCCAGAUUCCUUUGCCUCUCUAUGCAGUAACUCCAACUCUAGUUCCAGCUCCCCAAGCUCCCUGAAGGCUGAGGAAGAGCCGCACCUUGGUGAGAAGCAGUUCAAGAUUGAAAAAUGGCAGAUUGCCCGUUGUAAUAAGAGCAAGCCUCAGAAAUUUAUUAAUGAUUUAAUGCAAGUACUUUACACAAAUGAAUACAUGGCCACACACAGUCUGACUGGGGCAAAAUCCUCUACUUCAAGGGACAAAGUUGUAAAACCAGCUAUGAAUCAGAAUGAAGUUCAAGAAAUCAUAGGAGUGACGAAGCAGGUAUUUCCCAGCGCAGAUGAUGUGUCAAUUAGAAGGAUGAUAGGACAAAAGCUGAAUAACUGCACCAAGAAGCCGAAUGUGAGCAAACCUCUUAACUCUCAGGAUAUUAAGUAGAUCCUAACGGUAUCUUAAAAUAAAGCAUGUUUGGUUUUACGUCAAACAUUGGAUUUUGCUGGCGAUUCUGAGACAUGUCAAAGACUGGCUGAAUAGCAUCUUGUAGUAGCCAUGGCUUUCCUGGUGGAGCGACACGCUGGCUAAGGAAGCUGCAUGCAGAGCUCCUGCUAAUCGCCAGUGACGCAUCGAACCAGAGAACGUCUGCCAGACAAGCAUGCAAUAUGGUUUCUUUGGAAAUAUGCAUUUUUUUCACAGCCCCAAAUACUUCCCUGUGGAACUAACUUAGGAUAAUAUCAGCUCUUAUCACAGCAACAAAAACAUCAUCCCUCCAAUCAGUCAUGAUCUUCAACAAACAUUACGCAUAAUUAUUAUCCGUGGCUCCCCAUUACGGUUUUUCUUUUUAGGGGGGAGGAAUUUAGCAAGCACAUGUUUGGGAAAAAUGCAAUGGAAUUGAUGCACGUCUACAAAUACAAAAGGAACAAAGUGAGCCUAAGCAGCAAUAACCAUGCCUAGCCAAGUAAUGGUGACUUAUCAAUAAAGUGAUGGGGUUAUUCUGUGAUCUAAAGAUGUGUGCAGUAGGAUUAUGGAAAGAAAAAAAACAAAACAAAAACAUAAAGGUCUUUUCAAUAUUAAACUAUCCCAGCACGCUCUUAAAAGCCUAAAGUCCCGUUUUUGUUUGUUAAUUCGAUGCACUGAUUUUUGUAACAGUCUCUCGUGAAGGAGACAAACCUCUCAGUAUCCAUUGUCCAAAGCAAGCAUUCUAGACUCAGAUGUGUAAUAAACAUAUCAUCUAAAGUGCACAUGGGACAUAAUAUCAUGUUUGAUCAGCUGUGAUGCUAAACUGCUUGAUUUUAACAUGUUUAUUUCUACUGUAGCAGAAGAAAAAAAUAAUUGAAAAAAUGGUGGUCUAAUAAUGGCCCAGAAAAUGCCAUUUUGUAAAUCAACAAAAGAUAAACUGUUCUUCAAAGACUUUUCACUUGAUAGAAGAUCACCUAACUACUUUGUAAUGUGAAGCUAUGCCUUUUUGUCCUCUCUCUCCCCCCUCCCUUUCUCUCUCUCUCUCUCUCUCUCUCUCUCUCUUUUUUUUUUUUUUGUCUUUCUGAGACAGGGUUUCUCUGUGUAACCCUGGUUGUCCUGGAAUAAACUCUGUAGAUCGUGCUGGCCCUAAACUCAGAGAUCCACCUGCCUUUGCCUCAACAGAGCUGGAAUUGAAGGUGUGUGCCACCAUGCCCGUGAAGUUACGCUUUUUGAGUGUGUAAAGUGUUGGUGAAGCUUGUAAAGAGGGAUUUCUAAAGUGCAGUGAACCCAGGGAGUACUCUCUAAAGUUUGCUUGAUAUAACAAUGCACUUGUACAAAACAAAUAAUCUCAAUGAAGUAAAUUAUGCAACAUUUGCUACUUUUAAUUAAUAAAGUCUAACUCCAUUGAA